CAGAGCACCAACCGGCAGCGAUCUCUUGAGCGCUGCUUACCCUGUCGGACUCACACGAGCCUCUCCGUGCAAGACCGUGCAAGACUGCAGGAUGGAGGCUGAUUCCUCUGCGGCUUUCGCUGCUGCUCCCCCUCCUGCUGCGGUUAGAGCAGCAGCAGCUCCUGCUGGAUCCUCGGCCGAUGAAGGAAAAGACAGCGGCGCGGUCGUGAUGGAAUUGAAGGAACGAGACGGAAAGGAAGACGGACCCCGAAAACUCCGAAGGGCAAGCAACGACGCCCACCGGCAACCGGGGGAGUCUGUGGCGUCGCAUGUGCUCGGCAUCACCGACGUGGGGCGGGUGGUCGUAGGCUUCGCGGGGAAGCAGUUCAUGUUUCUUGGCCUUGUUGCCAAUGAGGGUGGCGCUUGGGGAGGAAAGGAACACGAAAUGCUCGGAAAUCGUAUGUUCCGUCCCGCGCACAUUGGAGGCAUGCACCACUGGUUGGAUGCCAAGUCACCAAGCUUUGAAGAAGGCUGCUGCCGUAGGCUCACUGGAAGUGCUGAUGAUUUUCCAGUUUCUCGGUGUUUGCUGGUGCGAGGGCAUGUUUGCAGCCGCUGUUGCAAACAAGCAGGACGAUCGUGUGUUGGUCUGGUUGAUGAAACAGGAGUGCCCCUUGGACGGUAUGGGAUUGAAGGCCUUGGAGCUAGCCAUAGAAGCAGAUUCGGUGGAGCUCCUCCAGAGAUGUUUUCUUGAAGACGUUGAUUUUGCGGACAGGGGUAAGGCGGACGACGUGGCGGGGCCGCGCCUGAAAUCUGCGCUGGAGGGGAGGGAGGCGGAAAAGGUAGGGCCUCUGUCGCGGUUUAUGACGGUGCAAUACCAAUGGUUGGACCGACGUUGCGAGGAAUUCGCAGGCUCAGGUGACAUGGUGAUGUUGAGAGCCUUGGAGGAGUAUGUGUGCGGAGAUGACAACACCUGUCCUGUGCGGCACAAUAUUACGUGCUGCAGAGGAAGGCCAGUUUGAAGUGGCGGCGGAGUGUUUGACUUGGUACUGGGAACAAUGGGGGUAUGAAGGUGGUAGUCGCAUCGUCCCGAAUAAUGUCCUUUACCACGUGGCGAAGUGCGGAAGUUUGGGAAUGCUGCAGUGGUGCCGCGAGCACUGUGGUGUUGUCAGUGUAGACUUCUGCGCUGAUUGCGUUGACGUCGAGGGGUGGGAGCGUGUCGUGCAACAUGCUGCGGGGGCUGGGCACGUGGGCAUGGUCGUGUGGUGCCUCGAGAACGGGUGGGAAUACACUGACGACAUGCUGCAAGAGGCUGCUAAUAAAGGACGUUGGCAUGUUGUGAAGGUGUUGGAGGACAGGGUGUUGGAGGAGAGGGGGUUCGUCGUGAAGGUUGUGGGAGGCGCUCAAGUGAACGACGAGCGAGACGUAUUUUGGGAGAAUCUACCUGUUUGUGACUGCUGGUGAGCGAAAUGUCUUUGGGUUCGGGAGGGGGUUGGCACGGCGUGCGUUGUUCCGGUGGCGGUGCUUGUGCUUCGCUGUUGCUGUCGGAAGGCGGACGAGAAAAAGGUCGAACUCGCAGGGGGUCAUUGGGCCUAGUGGGGACAGUCGGUUGGUUGGGGUGACUGUCCAUGACGUUUGUAUUUAGUUGUUUUAGUUUCGCACGCUAGCUCUAAACUACAGUUUCAAAACAAUCCGUGGGAGCCGAAAAGACAUGAAGCACAAACAUGGUCGGUACACACGCGGUCCUACGCUGCCCCCGGGAGCGGGAGGGUGCUUGCUUGUGGUACUUGCGUCUCGCCGACGCCUGCAAGAAAAAAACUACGUUACACAACCGGUAGAUACGAGGGUUCCGCCCCAUGAGUACGCUCUUCCCCCCUUAUCCCUCACAGCCGGGUGUGGGGUUCGAAGCGAGCCGUCCUGCCCAAAUGGUGAUCUGAUCUCUAUCGUAAGCGAAAAAAUCCGACUACAGGUUCUCUGUACCCGUACCACCCACGAAAAAACCGCGAACGGUCGCAACGCCUA